AUGGCUCUCUUCAUAGCCCUGGUGAUUUGUCUUUCUUGUUUGAUUUUCCUUUUUCUGUGGAACAGAAGCUAUGCCCAAGGAAAGCUGCCGCCUGGCCCCACGCCUCUCCCGAUCAUUGGAAAUAUUCUACAGAUCGAUACCAAGAACAUCAACGAAUCCCUACUCAAGCUGGCGAAAGUCUACGGCCCGGUGUUCACGGUGUACCUGGGCCCGCAGCGCACGGUGGUGCUGCACGGGCACAAGGCGGUGAAGGAAGCCCUGGUGGAGCGGGGUGAGGAGUUUUCCGGCAGAGGCAGUUUCCCGUUGGCGGAGCACAUCUCCCAGGGGUCAGGAGUUGUUUUCAGCAACGGAGAACUAUGGAAGCAAACCCGGCGGUUCUCCCUCACGGUUCUGCGGGAUAUGGGGAUGGGAAAGAAGACGGUUGAAGACAGAAUUCAAGAGGAAGCCUUGUGUCUGGUGGAGGAAUUUAGGAAAACCAAUGGAUCUCCGUGUGACCCUUCUUUCCUUCUGGGCUGUGCACCCUGCAAUGUGAUCUGCUCCAUUAUUUUCCAGAGCCGUUUUGAGUACAAUGAUAAGAAAUUGCUAACCUUGCUAGAUUAUUUUAAUGAGAACUUCAGAAUUAUAAGCACCCCCUGGAUACAGCUCUACAAUGCCUUCCCUUUUUUAAUACAUUAUCUCCCGGGAAGUCAUAAUGAAUUAUUUAAAAACGUUGCGGAACAGAAAAAGUUUGUUUUGGAGCAAAUAAAAGAACAUCAAGAAUCUCUGGACCUCAAUAACCCACGAGACUUCAUUGACUACUUCCUGAUUAAAAUGGAAAAGGAAAAGGACAACAAACAGUCUGUAUAUACCAUGGACAAUUUGGUCGUUACCAUAUGGGAUAUGUUCAGUGCGGGGACAGAGACAACAGCCUCCACCCUGAAGUAUGGACUCCUGCUCCUGCUGAAGCACCCGGAGGUCACAGCAAAAGUCCAGGAAGAGAUCGACCGCGUGGUUGGCAGAGACCGGAGCCCCUGCAUGCGGGACAGGAGCCGCAUGCCCUACACGGAUGCCACAAUACACGAGAUCCAGAGAUACAUUGAUCUUGUCCCCAACAACCUGCCUCACAUGGUGAACCAGGACAUCAAGUUCAGAGACUACUUUAUCCCAAAGGGCACAACCAUAUUCGUAUCUCUGACUUCCGUCCUGCGCGAUGAGAAAGAGUUUCCCAACCCAGAUAAGUUCGAUCCCAGCCACUUCCUAGAUGCAAAUGGCAACUUUAAGAGGAGUGACUACUUCAUGCCUUUUUCAGCAGGAAAAAGAGUUUGUGUUGGAGAAGGCCUGGCCCGCAUGGAGCUGUUUUUACUACUGACCCACAUCUUACAGCAUUUUACCUUGAAGCCUCUGGUUGAUCCGAAGGACAUUGACACCUCCCCACUUGUUAGUGGGUUUGGCACUGUACCACCUUCCUAUAAGCUCUGUUUCAUUCCAGUCUGA